CAGUAUUUAUUUAUUUUGGCUUUGAGCGGGGAGAGAGAGAGAGAGAGAGGUUCCGAGCCCCAGCGCCGAAGAAGAAAUGGAGGAUGAGGAUGCCUCACCAAGUAGGCUGCACCGGCGGCUUUCUCUGAAGAAGAAGACCCAUUCUCACUUCAAUAAUUAUCACUUCUGGAAACACAAGCUGAGAGAGAAGUGUUACAAAAGGGUUCGAGAGGACAGAACCCGCUUGCUUUGGAAAUUGAGGUUGCCAUCUUCUCCCAAUCAUAAUAAUAAUAAGGUUAAGGACUUAAUCCAAUCUGCUUUUGAGGACAUAAUAUCUGAUGAACUCAAAAAGAUUGAGGACUCAUCAUUGAAUGAUUGUUUGAAGUCUCCAGCAUCUGCCCUUGAGGCCAAUGAUGUGUUAUGGGAAUAUGAUGGUCUUCAUAAUGUUUAUCAAGGUGAAUGUGAAGAGAUUUUGUUAGAAAUGCAAAGGAUCUUUUAUGAGGAUUAUAGGGCAGAACCAACUAGAAAAGAACCUCAGGCCCAUAUUGAAACAUGGGAAGAUGAAGAAGAUGCAUACUUGGCCCGUGCAGUUUAUGAGCAUAUGCAGCUGAAUGAUGAGCAGGAGUGCGAGAAGAUUUGGUGCCCCGUAUGUAAGCAAGGAGAGUUGCUAGAGAAUUACCAUCUUAUAUACUGCACUCUGUGUGAACUUCAACUCAACAAAGACAAUGAGGUCUUGCUAUCUCCAUCAAUUUUCCUACUUAUUCCUAUGUAAAUUUGGAUUUGUUGCGGGUUCGUCUAGCAGAAGCCCAUGCAGAACAUCUGGAUCGGGGUUGCAGGUUGAAGCCAAAGUUUUGCAUGGAGGCAAGAUUUGAUUUAACUGCAUUGUACAUUUGUUGUACGGGUUGCAAUAUGUUUGAGGUUGUAAUGUAGAAAAUGGUAAAAGAUAUAAAGGCUAAUGAAGAUGAAAUUUGUUUUCACGA